CAAAACAGUCAAAAAAUCUCCAACAGACAACAAAAAAAGUUUUUAAGAAUUAUAAAGAAAAUAAAAAAGUCCGUAUAUUUAUCAAAACCAUUAGAAUGGGAUUCGCCCUAAGCAAUCUUUUUGAACGCCUCAUGGGUAAGGAAGAAAUUCGCAUUCUUAUGGUGGGUCUAGACGGCGCUGGUAAGACCACUACACUUCAUCAGAUGAAAAUCGGUCCCAUGGCUAACAUCAUACCUACCAUCGGUUUUAAUGUGGAGGUUGUUGAAUACAAAAAUCUACGCUUUACCGUGUGGGACAUUGGUGGGCAGCAACGUAUACGUGAUCUCUGGCACCAUUACUUUGUCAAUACUGUAGGUGUGAUUUUUGUGGUGGACGUUGCCGAUACGAAACGUUUGCCGGAAGCUGCACUGGAAUUACACCUGAUGUUGGAACGUCAAGAACUGUGUAAUGCCGUGCUGUUAGUGUGUGCUAACAAACAGGACUUGCCAAAUGCGCUGCAUACAAGCGAAAUUGAGGCGCAACUUGCACUACAUAGUGUCAAACAGGAGUGGCAUGUGCAUGGUACUUCUGCUAAAUGCGGUAAUGGUAUUUAUAACGGCUUGGAAUAUCUUCGUGAAAUGCUGAUUAAACGCAAAAAGUGUGGCAAUUAAAGCGACAAUAUUUUAUGAUUGUACAGUUUGUUAUGAAUGUAUAAGAAAACAAUUUUUUAUAUAUUUAGAUAAUAUACUCUAAUAUGCUCGUAAUCGUA